AUGGUAGCAGCACAAUCAUCUGCGUCAGUAGAAACCUUACUGGAAUUCUGCACCGAGAGUGCCAGGCCUGAUCUCAUUGAUUUCAAACCCUCCCUCGUCUUUGUCUUCUCCUUUCUGUGGCCAGAGGAUGUGACAAUAGGUUUGCAGGAAAAUGCAUUUCCCACUGCAAAUGUCGACGUGAUCAGCGCAGUAUUCGGAAAGACAAACGAGAACCAGCCCAUCGUGAAAAUCAUUCGCCCAGGGCCGAUGGCGGAUAGGUGCGCGAAGCUUGCGAUGAAGAAGAAGAAUAUUGCAAGACUGAGAGUAUUAUCAGUGCCAUACUGUGAGAUAUUAAUCAAGAUUGUCCCAAAAGAGACCACCGAUGCUGGUACAAACAAUGACUCUGUGGGAUGCAAAAGAGACGCCUUGAAAGUAUAUGGAAACAAGUAA